AAGCAAAACCAAGCCGCGUCGAAAACGUCAAAAAUUUCGCAGACUGCGGAGGUGAAAAUCCGUCUGUAAAGAGAAAAUUGAUUGCAAAAUAGUCUUUCCCCAGAAUAUUGUGCAAAUUAUGCUGUGGUUCUGUUACUGAAAAGUGUUUCGACUAGUGCACCAUCAGGAGAUCCUUCCCCCAAGUAUGGAUUUGACGUGAACCGGAACGGAGUGAUAAGGUGAAAAGUUUUUCGGAAUCUCUGGCUCCUGGUUGCUGCUCCCCAUCAAAACAAAAUGGAUCCCAGCAGCAGCAGCACCAGCGGUAGCAGUGAAUACGAUUUUGCCAGGAUAUGUCGAUCCUGCCGCAAGGAGGACUACUACUCGCAGACCAUCUUCGAUUCCGUCGGCAGCAACGGCAUCAGGCUGGAUGAAAUGCUCGCCAGUUGCGUCCACAAGCAGAUCCCCAAAAACGACGGAAUGCCGGACCGACUGUGCCGGAAGUGCGUGUGGGAUGUCACAGCCGCUUAUGAUUUCCAGCAGCGCUUCACUGAAAGUGAUGCCCUACUGCGAGAAUACUUAUCCCGUCGGAAGGUCUUACCGACAGUCGUAGUACGGGAUGAUGCCACCAGUGGAGACGUUUCUGUGAAGAUGGAGAUGAUCGAUAUAAAGCAGGAGUUCCCAUAUGGAGAUCUAGAUCCUCUUCAGGAGCAGAACGAACGGGAACAGGCGGCACUCGCUCCAAUACCGGAGGCAAUUACCGUGUUGAAUGUUGACGAAGCCGAAGGGGAGUAUAUGGAAGCGGAUGUGGAUCCAAGUGGGUUCGACCAUUACAGCGAUAUGGACAACGACGGCGGGAACGUCAGCUCGGGUGACGAAGACGAGGACAGUAAGCCAUUGAUGUCGCUAAUAUCGGAAGAGAGUAAAGCAGAGAUGGAAAGAUUGAUAGCUACCGUCGUGGCGGAAGCAGGUGUGACAAUGGAUCCCAACUCGACAACCUGUCCCAUCUGUUCGAAGUCAUUCCCUAAGCGGUACCAUUUGAAUCGUCACAUGCGAUGCCAUUUGACAAGUCCGCAGUUUGUUUGUGACCUGUGCAACACCGGAUUCACCCGACGGGAACAUCUCUAUCGGCACAUGAAGACCCACAAUCCAUCGGAGAAGAAACUGGAGUGCCCUCAGUGCCACAAGCGGUUCAUCCGGAGGGAUCACAUUCGGGUUCAUUUGAAAACGCACAACAUGACGCCGGAAGGCAUUGAAGAAGUUAUGCAAUCCUUCCCGGUGGAAACACCGGACCGAAAGCGAGCCGACAAAGAGGACGAUUCGGCGGAACCCAAGGGUCCCAAAGAGUGCCAUGUGUGUGGGAAGAAGUUCCUCAGGGCGUUUCGCCUGAAGCGACAUCUGCUGACCCACGAAGCGGACAUCGAGUGCGGCCAUUGCGAUAGGAAGUUUGCCGCGGUGUCCUACCGUGACUACAAGAGCCAUAUGGAAGCGGAUCAUCCGGGACUGCCGUUGCAGCCGGAGAAGAUAAUCGAAGGAGACGAUUCGGAUGAGCGCCCGUACAAAUGUGAGCUGUGCGAUCGGGCGUUCCAGCGGAAGACGCACAUGACUCGUCAUAUGACCAUGCACUUGGCUAGUAGGCAGUUCGAGUGCAGCGUUUGCCAAAAAGCGUUCAAUCGGAAGGACAACCUUCAGACGCAUCUGCGAAUGCACGUCAAGGACGGAGUGCUGAUCGAGGAGCAAGUCCAACAGAUAUUGGAAGAGAAGGAACGGGAUAUAAAACAGGCACUAGCCAGGGGCGAGCAGAUUAAGAAAGAAGGCGGCGUCGACGAGGCGGAUGAUGAUGACGAUGGGUUAGAUGACAUCUUUAAAAAGCCGGAACUGGCGGAAUCGAUGAAGCGGAAGCAGUGUCCGUUCUGCAGCCGCACGUUCAAUCGGUUCUACCAUCUAAAGCGGCACAUGAAGCUGCACGGAAUCGGAGUGGAUCCAAACGAAAAAUCCAAGGACGACAUGGACGAAAUUGAUGAUAAAAUGAAAGCCGUUUGUCGCAUUUGCGAUGCCACGUUCGAUAAAAUAACCCCUUUGCGGAAUCACCUUCGUAUCCACAUGAAUCCGGAAAGCUUCAGUGAGCUGAACAUCCGUUCGAAGCCGUAUCUGUUUGAAGAAGGUUUCAUCGUGGAGAACUAUGUGGACUAUUUGGUGCAGAAGAUUUGCGCCUGGAAUGUGAGCCGAUUCUAUAUGAUCAUUGAACCGGAUGGGGAAGAGUUGUGUCUGAGUGAUUCGGAUUCGGAACCGGAGGAAGGCGACGAGCCGUUGGAUGGUAUCGUUCGUAGGGAGCACACGUGUCUAGUGUGUCAGCAGAGCUUCCCUCGGAUCAAGCAAAUAAUGGAGCACGCCCAGAGCACUCACCAAACGGAACAGCUGCUGAGUUGUAUGCACUGCUCAAGGACGUUUCCGAGUAACGAUCUCUUGGUGCGCCAUUGUAAGCUCCAGUGUGAGAAUCAGCACAAAAAGUUCUUCUGCAGCUUCUGCGGUGAGCGAUUCAUGUGGCAGAUCAGUCUCAGCAGGCACACCAAACAGAAGCACGACCAGAAGGAGAACAAGUUCUUCUGCGAAGUGUGCCAUCGUGGGUUCGCUCGGAAUGAACACCUGCUGCGGCACUACCGGGUCCAUGAUCCAUCGGAGAAGAAAUUCGAAUGCCCGCACUGUCAGAAGAAGUUCAACCGGAAGGACAACCUUCGGUCGCACAUUAAGAUCCAUACCCGGGGACCGAACGAGGUCAAAGAACCGACCCAUCUGUGCGUGCUGUGCGGCAAAAGUUUCACCACUUCGUUCAACUAUACGGUGCACAUGCGGCGACACACCGGAGAGCGGCCAUACAAAUGCGAUAUCUGCGGAAAGGGCUUUCCUCGAACGCUUGAUAUGCAAAGUCAUCGUCGGACGCACACCGGAGAAAAACCCUUCAGUUGCGAAGUUUGCGGGAAAAGUUUUUCGAGAUCCUGUCGACUGGUGCUUCACCGAAGAGUGCACACCGGAGAAAAGCCAUACAAAUGCACCUACUGCGAGCGGGCAUUCGCCCAGCCGAACGAUCUGACGCUGCACAUCCGGCGGCACACGGGCGAAAAACCGUACGUGUGCGGCAUCUGCAACGAGCGGUUCAUCCAGGGGACGGCCCUGCGAGCCCACCAGCGCACGGCCGGCCACUACGAGGAGCGCAAGUACGAACGGUACACGCUGGCGUCGCAAUAGUUCGGACUUUUUGGAUGUUUGUGUAUUUAUUUUCCUGUAAGCUUAAGAGUAGUAUGAUAUUGUGACUCGAUUUAACCCUCUAGCAUCUGGAUUGCAUUUAUCCAAGUAUCCCCCCAUCCGUUCUCAUUAACUUGCUGGGUAUCGCACGGCGGAUUUCAAACGAUGGCGCUGGUCUCAGUUAAGAAUAAUUUUGCUCUUGCGAGUGUGCACAGCGGUUCUGGUUAACCUUUCGCAGAAAAAAAGCACCGAGCAUAAUUGACUAGUAAACUGUCUGUAAUCGCAUAAAUGCCCCAUUUGAAUAGGAACACAACAAAUAUGGGACUGAUGUGCGAUUACAGGCUGUGAAGUAUUCCCUCACAGUCAUCAUCACAUACAUAUAUCGAAUUAG